AUCUAGGCUGCCCGGGGGUGCGCGCUCAUCACCCUGCGGGAGUUAAUCGUUAACCGCGCCCAGGCCUCGCCGCCGCCGCAGCCUUACCCCGGCUCUGGCUCGCUGCGCCGCGAAAGUUCCCCCGGCCCCCGCAGAGCCGCCAAUUGCUGGACUGCAGCCGCGGGGUGGAGUCUCCACCCACAGGAAAAAUUCCUGGCCCGCCCCUCCCUCGCUCCCUCGCUCCCUCGCUCCCUCCUGCCCUCCUGCUGCAGCUCCGGCUCCGCUCGACUUCCUGCCGGGCGCUGGCAAGCCGCGCGCUGCCUGGGGGUCCCCGGGGGCCGUGCUUGCAGCUGGCCGCGUCUGGGCCGGCGGAAGGGCUGGCGGUGGGCGGGAGCGGCCGGCGGCCUCGGCCCCUUCCGAGAGCGACUUUCAAACUCGCGCCCGCGUCGCGGCAGCACCUGGGCAGCCCCGCACGCCGUGCGCGUCCCGAGCCCGCGGGGUGGCGACCGCUCGAAUCUCCCUGGGGUGCCCUCCCCAGGCAGCAAUGCCAGGAUGCCUGUGUCCACCUCCCUCCACCAGGAUGGCAGCCAGGAGCGGCCGGUGAGCCUGACCUCUACCACCUCCUCGUCGGGCUCCUCCCGUGACAGUCGCAGUGCCAUGGAGGAACCCAGCGGCUCUGAGCCUCCCGCCGAGAAUGGGGCAGGCUCCCCGAGAGGCCGGCAUCUCCCCAACAGCAACAACAACUCCAGCAGCUGGUUGAACGUGAAGGGGCCCCUCUCCCCGUUCAACAGCCGGGCAGCGGCAGGGCCUGCGCACCACAAGCUCAGCUACCUGGGCCGAGUGGUGCGGGAGAUUGUGGAGACAGAGCGCUUGUAUGUGCAGGACCUGCGCAGCAUCGUGGAGGACUACCUCUUGAAGAUCAUUGACACACCUGGGCUGCUGAAGCCAGAACAGGUCAGCGCCCUCUUUGGGAACAUAGAAAACAUCUACGCACUGAACAGCCAGCUCCUCAGAGACCUGGACAGCUGCAAUAGUGACCCCGUGGCUGUGGCCAGCUGCUUUGUGGAAAGGAGCCAAGAGUUUGAUAUCUACACCCAGUAUUGCAACAAUUACCCCAACUCCGUGGCCGCCCUGACGGAAUGCAUGCGGGACAAGCAGCAGGCCAAAUUCUUUCGGGACCGGCAGGAGCUGCUACAGCACUCACUGCCCUUGGGCUCCUACCUGCUGAAGCCAGUCCAGCGCAUCCUCAAGUACCACCUGCUGCUCCAGGAAAUUGCCAAGCAUUUUGAUGAAGAAGAGGAUGGCUUUGAGGUGGUGGAGGAUGCCAUUGACACCAUGACCUGUGUGGCCUGGUACAUCAACGACAUGAAGAGGAGGCAUGAGCACGCAGUCCGGCUCCAGGAGAUUCAGUCACUCCUCAUCAACUGGAAGGGGCCCGACCUGACCACCUACGGGGAGCUUGUCCUGGAGGGCACGUUCCGCGUGCAUCGCGUGCGCAAUGAAAGGACCUUUUUCCUCUUUGACAAAACACUGCUUAUCACCAAGAAGCGGGGCGAUCACUUUGUCUACAAGGGCAACAUCCCGUGCUCCUCCCUGAUGCUGAUCGAAAGCACCAGAGACUCCCUGUGCUUCACCGUCACCCACUACAAGCACAGCAAGCAGCAGUACAGCAUCCAGGCCAAGACAGUGGAGGAGAAACGGAACUGGACUCACCACAUCAAGAGGCUCAUCCUAGAGAACCACCAUGCCACCAUUCCCCAGAAGGCCAAGGAAGCCAUCUUGGAAAUGGAUUCCUAUUAUCCCAAUCGAUACCGCUACAGCCCAGAGCGGCUGAAGAAGGCUUGGUCCUCCCAGGAUGAGGUGUCCUCCCAUGUGCGCCAGGGGCGCCGGCAAUCUGAGCCAACCAAACACCUGCUCAGGCAACUCAACGAGAAAGCCCGAGCAGCAGGAAUGAAGCAUGCAGGCAGUGCUGGAACCCUCCUGGACUUUGGGCAGCCCUCCCGUAUUCGGGGCCUGCAGCCAGAGGCUGAAGGGGCUACCCAGGAGGAGGAAGAGGAGGAGGUGGUGGAGGAGGAGGAGGAGGAGGAAGAGCAGGCCUUUCAGGUCUCUCUGGAGGACCUGACAGGGCAUGAAGGCAACGAGGAGGGGGCUGGGCCGGAGCCCCCAGGCUCAGAGGAGGAGGAGGAGGAGCAGGAGGAGAGCCUGGCGGUGGCGGAGCAGGUAGCCGACUUUGCCAGCUCCCUGCUGGCCGCCCUCCACUGCUGGCACUAUCGGGCCAACGCUUUACUUUUCUCCCGGGGCGCUAUGGGAAAGGGGCGCAGGGAGUCUGAAAGCUCCAGGAGCAGCAGAAGGCCCAGUGGCCGGUCUCCAACCGGUACUGAGAAGCGCAUGAGCUUCGAGUCCAUUUCUUCCCUGCCAGAGGUGGAGCCGGACCCUGAGGCUGGGAGCGAGCAAGAGGUAUUUGCUGCUGUGGAAGGGCCCAAUGCCGAGGAGAUGCCUUCAGACACAGAAUCUCCAGAAGUCCUGGAGACACAGCUUGAUGCCCACCAGGGCCUUCUGGGGAUGGACCCCCCGGGUGACAUGGUGGACUACGUGGCGGCUGAGAGCACUGAGGACCUUAAGGCCCUGAGCAGUGAGGAGGAAGAAGAAAUGGGGGGUGCCACCCAGGAGCCUGAGAGCCUUCUGCCAUCCUCCGUGCUGGACCAGGCCAGUGUCAUUGCGGAGCGAUUUGUCAGCAGCUUCUCUCGGCGGAGCAGUGUGGCACAGGAGGACGGCAAGUCCAGUGGCUUUGGAAGCCCGCGGCUGGUCAGCCGGAGCAGCAGCGUGCUCAGCCUGGAGGGCAGCGAGAAGGGCCUGGCCCGGCAUGGCAGUGCCACAGACUCCUUCAGCUGUCAGCUCUCCCCAGAAGUGGACAUCAGUGUGGGGGUGGCCACAGAGAACAGCCCUUCUGUCAAUGGGAUGGAGCCCCCAAGCCCAGGCUGCCCAGUAGAGCCCGACUGGUCUUCCUGCAAGAAGGAAUCAGCGCUCUCCUCCCGAGACCGGCUGUUGCUAGACAAGAUUAAGAACUAUUAUGAAAACGCAGAACACCACGAUGCAGGCUUCAGCGUCCGUCGCCGGGAGAGCCUCUCCUACAUCCCCAAAGGACUGGUAAGAAACUCCGUCUCCAGGUUCAACAGCCUUCCCCGGCCAGACCCAGAGCCAGUACCUCCAGUGGGGCGCAAGAGACAGGUGGGCUCCCGGCCGACUUCGUGGGCCCUGUUUGAGCUCCCAGGACCAAGCCAUGUGGGCAAAGGGGACCCACCUCCCAUCUCAGAUGCUGAAUUCCGCCCGUCUUCAGAAAUUGUGAAGAUCUGGGAGGGAAUGGAGUCUUCCGGGGGGAGCCCUGGGAAGGGGCCAGGCCAGGGCCAGGCCAAUGGCUUCGACCUGCAUGAGCCACUCUUCAUCCUGGAGGAGCAUGAGCUGGGAGCCAUCACAGAGGAGUCGGCCACUGCCUCCCCGGAAAGCUCCUCUCCCACUGAGGGGCGCAGCCCGGCCCACCUGGCCUGGGAGCUGAAAGAGCUGGUGAAGGAGCUGAGCAGCAGUACCCAGGGGGAGCUGGUGGCCCCACUGCACCCCCGCAUCGUGCAGCUCUCCCACGUAAUGGACAGCCACGUGAGCGAGCGCGUCAAGAACAAGGUCUACCAGCUGGCCCGCCAGUACAGCCUCCGGAUCAAGAGCAACAAGCCAGUGAUGGCCAGGCCACCACUGCAGUGGGAAAAGGCGGCCCCUGAGAGGGAUGGGAAGAGCCCCACUGUGCCCUGUCUACAGGACGAGGCUGGAGAGCCAUUAGGUGGCAAAGGUAAGAGGAAGCCGGUGCUGUCUCUAUCCGACUAUGAGCAGCUGAUGGCCCAGGAGCACAGCCCUCCCAAGCCCUCCUCGGCUGGGGAGAUGUCACCACAGCGUUUCUCCUUCAACCCGUCUGCUGUCAGCCAGAGGAUCACCUCGCCUGGGGGCCGGCCCUCCGCCCGGAGCCCCCUCAGCCCCACAGAGACCUUCAGCUGGCCCGACGUCCGCGAGCUCUGCUCCAAGUAUGCCUCCCGCGAUGAGGCACGCCGAGCAGGGGGUGGCCGGCCCCGUGGCCCACCCGUCAACAGGAGCCACUCGGUGCCAGAGAACAUGGUAGAGCCACCUCUGUCGGGCAGGGUGGGCCGCUGCCGCAGCCUGAGCACCAAGAGGGGCCGGGGAGGCGGAGAGGCUGCCCGAUCCCCUGGGCCUCUGCCCCAGAGCAAGCCGGACGGAGGUGAGACCCUGUAUGUCACUGCAGACCUCACCCUGGAGGACAACCGGCGGGUGAUUGUCAUGGAGAAGGGACCCCUUCCCAGCCCCACUGCAGGGCUGGAGGAGAGCAGUGGCCAGGGACCAAGCUCGCCAGUGGCCCUGCUGGGGCAGGUCCAGGACUUCCAGCAGUCUGCAGAGUGCCAGCCAAAGGAAGAGGGUCCCAGGGACUCAGCAGACCUGAGCCAGCAGGGCAGAGUGAGAAACCUUAGAGAGAAGUUCCAGGCCUUGAACUCUGUCGGUUGAUGCUGACUCCUGGGGGAGGGAGGAGUCAUGUUGGAGGUUGGGGAAGAACCUGGGCAUCCUUCCCCUCAAGCCUGGGCUCAUGGAGCCCCUGCCCAGGGCCCUCGGGUGGGCAGAAAGUGCAUCCCCUCUGCCCUUCAGGAAGGAUGCUCCCAUGUGCAGGGGCCUCCUGCCUGUGCCAUCCACUGGGGCUCGAGACAACUUCCCACUCACCUGUGAGACCGGUGUGGCUGCUUCCCUUGUAAAUAGUUGUUCUCUGGUAAGAAGCCAAAUAUUUAAGCUCACUUCUUCCCAGAGAGAGCAAGCUCUGCUCAGGCCUCCAGCGCUGGCUGGCUACGGCCACAGCCAGACAGAGGAGCCCACCCCCAGGAGACUCAGGCAGUGGCCUGGAGAGGCUUUGUUCUGUAACGGUGCCUUUUCUUAGGGUCCAGGCGGGAAUGAAGCCAAUAAUUUAUUGCUUUCCAUUCUGUGGUAUGAUGUGCGCAUGCGUGAGUGUGUGGCCCCUGUUUAUUCCCCUCCUGUCAAGAAUGAAGUGGAUUCAGUUCAGGUACUUUUGAGGGUUGUUGUGCUGACCCUGUGGUUGUCGCUGAUGUACACACAUUUCAUUAUUUGCCAAUGGUGCAAUAACCACUGCUGACCAACCCA